CAUUUGCACUUGCCUCUGCAAACACGCAAACUAUCCUGUGCGCUCAGCGCCUCCGUGCCAUCACCGAGCGGGGCUUUUCUGUUCCUCCUCGAGCCAGCAAACGGGUUCGGUGGAGGAGAGACACUUCAAGGUGUGAAUCCGAGGAGCGAUGUUUGCAGCAGAUUAACGGAGUUGUGUCGGAGGCACGCGGCGCGCACCGGUAGCGGGAAACACCUUGUUCUUUCGAGUCGAGACAUCUGGGAAGUGAAAUUUCAGAGUAGUUACAGGAAAUCAAUAAGCGUACUUGAAGCAGGGGCCAGCAGGUGUGAUUGCAGCGGCGAUGGAGUGGCGUCAGCAGUCUGCAGUCAGUUGCGAGCUGGCUUUUCUGGAGGCGCAGAGAUGGCUUGAGGAGGUGACAAAAAAGCAUUUUGGAAGUAAAAGCUUUCGAGUGGCCUUAGAGGACGGGGUCCUUUUGUGCGAUCUGAUCAACACAUUGAAGCCAGGCAUCAUUAAACGAGUGAACAGGCUCUCCACUCCCAUCGCAGGCUUGGACAACGUGAAUGUGUUUCUGAAGGCUUGUGAGAAGCUAGGGCUUAAUGAAGCGCAGCUCUUCCAUCCCGGAGAUCUGCAAGAUGUGUCCACACGCGUGACCGUCAGACGCGAAGAGACAAGCAGGAGACUGAAAAACGUUUUGAUAACUAUAUACUGGUUAGGACGGAAGGCCCAGUCUGAUCCCUUUUACACUGGACCACAACUCAACCUAAAAGCCUUUGAAGGAUUGCUGGGCACAGCAUUAUCUAAGGCUCUGGAGGAGACUGUGCAGUCCAAGUCGAGUGUGAGGGACAGUGGGUACGCGGAGGGCUGGUUCUCUGACAGGGAGGAUCUGUUCAGUCUGAAGCAGCCGGGCUACAGGAGAGAGGACUCAGUCGAGAGCCUGGACUCAGUGGAGUCUCGCACACUCAGCGCAGCUUCAGACUGCACUCUCAGAGCCGGCAGUGAAGGUUGCUGUAGUGACGCAGAAGCGGAGCAUUGUUUCAGGAUGGCAGAAGACCAUAAAAGUGAUGCUCCCAUCAGGGAGAGAGUACAUGUCCCAUCUGCCCUGAGAAAGAAAAGGCAGGAGUACCAGCAGGGAGACAGGAGUUAUGCAGGCAACCUCACUAGUGAAAGUGGGAGGGGCUUAUGCCACGAUCUCCCUCCUGCUUCUGCCUUCCUCCAAUGGGCAAGCAGUUACCAGAGUGACAGUGACUCUGAUGCGGAGCGCCCUGAACCAGACCUUGUGCAGGACGACCUAGCGGGUCGCAGAUUUCGCUCUCUAACCUCCGUGGCUCCUGUGAACUUUGCGAUCCCUUCAAAGCCUCUAGGACCCAGGGUGGCCCCUGUGGUGACCCCAAGUGCUAGGAAAUCAUGGCUCACCUUGUCAGACGCCUCGCGGCUGGCCGCAGUGCCGCCCCAGAGAUCAAACCAGAGCGUGUCAUCCGUUCCCUCUGUAAAUGGACGUGCUGGCUUUGAAACAGCCACUUUGGAGGAAGAGUUUCUUCAACAAACCCUAAACAAUGGUAUGAGUGACUCUGAUGAGGACCGAGGGUAUGCCGAUCCGGUGCUGGAUGACCUUUACACUCGACGAGUGCUCGUCUCGGAGCAUCAAACAUCUGUCAAAGCCGAUUCAGACAAGUUCCUGCCCAAAUACUGGACGCCUGAGGAAGAUCUGCACGUGAAAAAGAUCAGGCUAGGGUCCCAGCGCAGGCCGUGGUACAAGAAGAUGCAGGGCUUAAGAAGCAAAUCUACGGGUGACAUCACACUGGAGCCCAUUGCACAGGAAUCUGACACCUGCUCCAGCUUUGACAUGCUGGGGUCACGGCAUGUUCACCAGAGGUCUGUGGGAGAGGUGACCCUUGACCCCUCAGCUAUACAGAGAGUUCAGCAGGAGCAGUUACAGAGCAUCCGGGACAGAAUAAAGGAAAGUGAAGCCAGGUGGCAUGAAGAUCUGAGCAGGUGGAAGAGCCGGCGGCGUAGUACAAACUCUGACCUCCACAGAAAGCGUGAGGAGAGGGAGCAGAUUGAAAUAAUUACCAGUGGGGGAGGGACCAGUGCCAUCAGGACUGCACCACUCACCGGGGUGCCAGAGGAGAGCUCCAACAUGCCCGGACCCAUGAGUGAUGCGGGCUCCAGUGUCAGCAGUACUGGGUGGUCCACCACAUCACCCCUCACGAACGGGACAUCUUCUGCUCUGACCAGAGGCACUGACACAGAGACGACCGACUCAGCUGGUGAAUUCUUCACCCCUCCAUCAGCUGUUGUGCCUGAACAGAGUUCGCUAACCAUGGAUCCAGAAGCGUACGAGCAGCAGGGUCCAGACUUCAGCCGCCGCGCGAGUCUCCUGGAGAGCUUUUAUGCAGGGGGAGCACGCGUAUCUGCCACUCUACCCAGAGGCUAUAGAAGGUCAGAAGGUUCCUCACGCCUCUCCACGGGCGUCACACCACGUCCAUUUGGAGCCAAACCCUCCAAAGUGUCUCCAUUACCCAGAGUUUAUUCAAUGGAUGACUCUCAUAAAAGCCUGAUAAGUGGGAACAGAGAGCAUUCAAUCAUCCCCUCUUUCCUUAGUAGUCAAGGAAAGGUCACAGCCUCUGCUGACACGGGCCACUUUCGUUCAAGCACUCAUCCAAUCAAGAAGGAAGAAGAGAGAAGAGAUGGAAGGUUGUCAGCACCUCCAAUUAAUUCUUUUGCCACUAAAGUGUCUGUGGCCGCCUCCAGUGUACAAAAAUCUCCUGUUGCCUCUGAAAUCAGGGAUAUUAAGGUGGGUCAAAGUGAAAUGCGAGUCUGUUUGAAUCAGAAGCCAAACAGUGGGAGAGACUUCGGAUUCAAGGCUCACUGGGACUCAACUGGUGCUUGUGUGAAAUCUGUUCAAGCAGGCAGCCCAGCAGAGUUGUGUGGUCUGCUGAUGGGUGAUGAGAUUGUGGCGCUGGGUGGAUGCAGGGUGGCUGAAAUGAAUUAUGAGCAGUUUAAGGGCAGUAUGGAUACAGCACAGCAAAAGGGCACUUUACUGAUGGACAUCCGACGACACGGCCAGAACGACUGGGGCAGUGACCAACCUUCCCUACCGUACAAGAGCCAUAAGACCAUCAAUUUGACCAGUGCCAAUUCAACACUUAUAGGGCGGCCCGAGCAGUAUGUCUCGAUUAGUGCAACCUCUCCAGUGGAGACCAUGGUGAAGACGCAAUUCAACGGACAGGCUGCUAAUGGAGUGCUGUCUAAAAUGGUGAAUGGACGGAUCCAGGACAGUCCAGCUUCUCUAAGGAGCAAAGGUGGCUCGGAGUCUGCCAUCUCUGAUCUGCAGGUCCCCUCCAUCAGUACCACCUCCUCUCGCUGGUCAUGGGAUCAUGAAGAGGAGAGACGGCGGCAGGAGAAAUGGCAGAUGGAACAAGAGCGCCUCCUGCAGGAGAAGUAUCAACGUGAUCAGGAGAAGCUGGAGCAGGAGUGGAGGAGAGCUCAGCAGGAGGUCUAUGGAGAGGAGCACAGUGGUACUGAGGAGCUGAAAUGCGCAGAUGUCCUGUCAAACGGAAAUACUACUUAUAUUCCAUCGCCCUUCUUCAACCAAUCCGUUGGUACCGCUUCUGUGGCAUCCAAUCAGAAUACAGAGAAGGUGGAAGCAAUACAGAACAGACAGACUGCUGUACAAACAGCAGCAGCACAGCAGCCACUAAAGGAAGAAGAGGAGUGUGAUUCAACCACAAAGAGUCAGUGCUCCGAGGAGUCCUACGGGUUUGCCAAGCUUACGGUUUCUGACAGGACAAAGUCAAAAUCUACCCCUGCACUUCAAGGCCUUCACAAACAAGAUGCUAAAGCAGGAAGCGGUAAAAAGAAGGGACAGCUGUCAAAGGCAGAAAAGGAACGUCUGCAGAUCCUGGAGGAGAUGAGGAAGAAGACUCCGCUCCUCACUGACAACAGUUGGAUCCGUCAGCGCAAUGCUAGCAUCAACAAAGAACCCAUCACUGUGGGAACAUCAAUCAGGAGAUAUGAAUCUCUGGACAACCUCCACUCAACCAACUCUUCCUGGUCCAGGCAGUCCUACACUUCAAGUAUCGCAAACAGGCCCCAUUCUGCUUUGGGAAACACUGGCACUUACAGGAGUGGACGCAGCAGCCUGGGCCCUGAUUCAGCCAUCUUCUCCACCGGGCUUAAACAGAGCUCCUCGUUUGCCUCCAACUCUCCCGCUCCACCAUUCACAGCUAUGCCUGAGCCGUCAGGCCCUAAAUCCCGUCCAAACUCUCAGCAAAGUGGCAGGCUGGUCAGUGGCAGGCGGAUGUGCUCGAGGUGUGAGCAGCCUCUGGGGAAGGGAGCUGCCAUGGUCAUCGAUUCCCUGGAGCUCUGCUUUCACAUUGGUUGCUUCAAGUGUGUCAGCUGCAGGACUGACCUUGGGAGAGGGACUGAGUCCGGAGCUCAGGUCAGAGUCAGACACAGACAGCUCUUCUGUAACACCUGCUACAGCCGAAUCAGAGUCUGUUCCUCCGUCUCCAAGUGACCAGAAUGCUUUGCAACUGAUCGAAGAGGAGCGUACCACAGAAGCGGCCUCAGGAAUCACAACUAUUAGCACAACCUAACCACCGCAGCAGGCCUUAUCCACGCUUUCCUUUCACCGCUUUGACAAUCAAUAUUUUGAGACUGCUAUUUCUGUGAUUGUUCCCAUAUUAAGACCGCUGCAUAGUGACGAGUUCGAACGUGUCAUUGUGAUUACUGCUGACACCCCUGAGGUUGUUUCUGUGCUGGCUGACAUCCAUCUAGUAAGAAGUAAUUCUGAACAGUUAUGCAUUCCAUGUGGCAAGUGAUAACAUGUCUAAUGUGUCGAAUGACUUCUUAUUUUCAUUUUUGAAGCAGGUCCUUGCUGAGAAUCCUCAUCUCUUUAAUAUAAGCUUUCCUCAUAAUUAUUCAAUAAAUCUUGUAGCACACUUAUCGAGCACUUUUUUCCUUUUCAUUAGUAGGUAUCACAGUGGUGAUGGUGCAGGCAUUACGUUGUUGUUGUUGUUGUUUUCUGUACCAGUCAUUUAGGAGGAAUCUUAUUAUGCAACAAGCUGCUUAAUAGAAAUGUUUGAUCAGUCAUACUUACAGAUGUUAAAAUGCACUAUCCAGUAGGUGGCGCUCUGGCAUUUUUCUCUCCAUUUUAGUAGAUGCAGUGUUCUGCCAAUCAGAUGGCCUACACAUAGACGCUGUAUUGCAUAUAAUUGUAAUAUCAAAUUACCUGGGAUG